GCCCCGGGCCCCUCCGGGGGUGUCCGUGCGGGGCUGCGGGAGGCUCCCCCGGCUCCAGCCCAACCCCUGGGCCCCGAGCAGGCCGCGGCCGGGCCCUUUCCUUGACCACCCUCGCCCGGAGGAUGAAGCAGGCGGGGGCGGCGCGGCCCGGCCGCCCCUCGCCGGCGGCGGGCGCGCUGUGGGAGUCCCCACCGCAGGCACUGGGGGACGACACCGAAGACGUGUCGCUGGACUUGGGCGGCGAGGAGGAGCUGGCGCUGCGGAAAGCCCAAAUCAGGCACCCGCUGGCCACCUUUUUCCACCUGUUUUUCCGAGUGAGUGCUAUUAUUACCUACUUGUUCUGUGACUGGUUCAGCAACAGCUUUGUUGCCUGUUUUGUCACUAUUCUCCUCCUUCUGUCCUUUGACUUCUGGUCAGUUAAGAAUGUGACAGGAAGGCUCCUGGUUGGUUUACGUUGGUGGAACCAGAUCGAUGAAGACGGAAAAAGCCACUGGGUAUUUGAAGCAAGAAGGGUGUCUACAAUAGCUGCCUCAACUGAAGUUGAAGCUCGAAUCUUUUGGCUUGGCCUCAUUAUCUGUCCAGUCAUUUGGACUGUAUUUUUCUUCAGCACCUUGUUUUCCCUGAAGCUGAAAUGGCUGGCUCUCGUGAUAGCUGGGAACUCCCUUCAAACUGCUAAUUUAUAUGGAUACAUUCACUGCAAAGUAGGGGGACAAAAAAGCAUCAGCAGAAUAACUUCGAGUUUUUUUGUCACAGCAGAUGUUCCCAAGAGACAGACAAGGAUUUCAGAUGACUGCAAUGAAGAACAUGGAAAGACAGGAACUAGAUAGUCAUUUAAGGAAAUAAUAAAAAGACAACCAGUAAAAAUAGUGAUUUAUGAAAGCUGUUUUUCAUAUUAAGUUACUGAAGUGAAGCUCUUCUAGAAUUAUACCUGCAUGAAAUAAUGAUUUUGUCAUUUCUGUCUUCAGACCGAAAGGUUUACAGCCUUGGGUAAAGACUACUUACUUCAAAAUAAGACUUUCACCAAAAGGGAGUAAAAGGCUUGAGAACAGUGCUUGUGGUUUAUACAGAACUUUUAUGAGCAGACAUGUCCUUAGAAAAAAAAAAAAAAAAAACUAACCUGAAACUAUUGGAUUAUCUUAACUGAGAAUUACAGUAUAGUCAAAAGACAAUGAUCACUUGUUUAAUUUUCAAACUACAGUUAAUAAAACAAAAUUACCUUC